CACGUAGCGUCGUUGGCUUCCGGGCAGGCCUUUGCGCGCGGCUGUCCGUUGCGUGGUCCGUCGUCUCCCAUCUGUGCGCGAGGAUGAAGGAAGCUGUGGCCGGCGGUCCCGGCGCCGCCCCCGUGCCCGGCUUCCUGGCGAAGCUCUGGGCCCUGGUGGAGGACCCGGGCAGCAAUGAUGUGAUCGCCUGGGGCCGGGAUGGCCAGAGCUUUUGCAUUCUGAAUGAGCAGAGGUUUGCUAAAGAGCUACUUCCCAAAUACUUCAAACACAACAAUAUUUGCAGCUUCAUACGUCAGCUCAAUAUGUAUGGGUUCAGGAAAGUGAUUGCCUUGGAGAAUGGUAUGAUUACAGCAGAGAAGAAUGCAGCCAUUGAAUUCCAGCACCCUUUCUUUAAACAAGGGAAAGCAAACCUACUGGAAAACAUCAAACGAAAGGUGUCUGCAGUGAGAGCAGAGGAUCUCAGAGUCUGUUCGGAAGAUUUACAGAAAGUGCUUUCUGAAGUCCAGGAAAUGAGAGAGCAACAGAACAACAUGGAUGUCAGACUGGCUAGUAUGAGGAGGGAAAAUAAAGCCCUGUGGAAAGAAGUGGCUGUUCUAAGGCAGAAGCACAGCCAACAACAGAAGCUGCUGUCUAAGAUCCUUCAAUUUAUACUAAGUUUGAUGAGAGGAAACUACAUUGUGGGAGUCAAGAGAAAAAGAUCUCUAACAGAUGCCUCAGGUGCCUCACCUUCUAAAUUCAGCCGGCAGUAUAUUCACCUACCUGUGGAGCAUGGCAAUGCGGUGGCUAUUUCUGAACAUGAUCCAAACAGUGAAAAUGAUACAGGCAUCAUUAUUCAGGAUAUCACCAACACUGUGGAUGAUGCCACUGAUGAGCUGCUCACUCUAGUGCAUACAAGCGGAAGUAAUGGAGAGCUCCAGACCACUCAAGAACAUGAUCUGCCUGUCUAUGAAGCAUCGCAGCCCAUUGAGUUAAGUUAUACAGAAUCAGACUAUCCCGCCCAAGUUGCUGACAAUCCUUUCAAGUCCAGUGCAGUAGGAAAUCAUGCCGUAGAGCUGCAUUCCACACAAGUUAAUGCUCCUGAAGAUCCUGCAUCAGUGAUUGACUCCAUCUUGAAUGAGAACAACUCCACAACUCAAAGCGAUGCUUUUCUGGAGAGGGAAGAGAUUCAGGAUUUUCUGAAUUGUAUUGAUGCCAGUCUUGAGGAGCUCCAGGCAAUGCUGUCUGGGAAGAAAUUUAACUUUGGCUCUGAAUCCUUUAGUGAUACUUUCAAUCCUGAGCUCCCAGCCCUGGACACGAACUUGACAGAUGCUUCAUCCAAUAUGGAAAAUAUUGAGGACUUGACGGACAGCGUUGAAGAGCUAGGAACAAGUGAGCGGGAAACAGGAAACAAAGCCAUCCUGGAACUGACUGGCCCCCAUGACCUUGAAGGGACAUGGAAGAGUUCCAUCACCUUGCCAUGUGUCUACGUGCCUUCCCAGGACUUUGUGCAGCAAACAGUCAUUUGGACCCUGGAACGAGAUCAAAGCCCUUCCACCAUCUUUCGAAGGGAUAGCUCUGACGAUCACAUCCUGUUGUCACAGUACAGAGGUAGGGUCAGCGUGCCAAAUAGCAGGCCAGGCGAUGUGUCUCUUGAAAUUGAGAAGCUUGAAGUCUCAGACAGUGGACACUACACUUGCAAAGUCACCUGGAUUGCCCAGGACAAGAGCCUGCUAACGAGAGAGAGAACCACUAGAGUUAAUGUCGUUAAAGUUGCAGUGACUAAACCCAUCAUCAGACCAGGCGCUCUGGGAUUCACUGUACCAAAAGGGGCUCGGACAAGCCUGACCUGUUCUGUCAAUGGGUCCCCACCCAUCAUCUACCGAUGGUUCAAGGGAGAGCCAGGAGGAAACGCAGUGCCUGUGAGCAAUCACGCUGUACUCAUGUUUGAGUCCCUGCAAACGUCUGACACGGGGAAAUAUUACUGUGAAGCAGAAAACAGAGCAAGCUCACGAGUCAUACGGCAGAGUGAUGCAGUGCAGCUGACUGUGAGGGAGUACCAGGGGACCAGCCUGCCCCUCUAUCUCAUCAUCCUGAUUGUCGUGCUCCCUGUGGCUGUGGUGUGUGUUGUCAUUGCGGUCGUCUUGUGUAAGAAAGAGACCAAGAAGGAUAAUCCGAAUGAAGUAACAUGUCCUAACUCCAAGAACCACACAAGAGGAGAGACUUAUUCAGGAGUCAAUGACAAGUGCACAUACAAGGAAGCAAAAUCUAGAGGUGAAAACAACUAUACAUCACAGCCUGUGGAAAAGAAUGAAUAUGAGACAAUUGGCACAAUGAAAAACAGUGACUAUGCAACUCUUGUGAAAGCAACAGCAUCUGAAUAUGAACUGGGGGAUGUUCCAUAGAAAACCAGCAUUUACACACCAGCAGCAGUGCAGAAGGUAGGGCUGUAGAGCUUGAAUGGUGACCAUUCAUUAAGGGAAGCCCUUCAUCCUUUCCAUCUUCUCAUAAAAAUGUUAAGCUCCAUUGUUUAAUUGUUGAAGGGCAAUUGCAUCACCCUCUCGUUCUUCAUGGAAUCCAGUCUGCCCUAUUGGUGCUUGAGAACUUGCAUGAGAACUUUCUAAGAUCAGCUUCCUGCUGUAAACUAUCCAGGAAUGAUACAAGGUGAAAAGUGUGUGUGUGUGUCUCUCUCGCUCUCUUUUUUUUUUUUUUUUUUAAAUGUUCAGCACAGACAAUGGAAGGUCCUUUAAUAAUGCGAGGAGAGUUCAGGAAAAAAAACCUGAGAGCAAGGCCAAAAUAAGAACAGCCUAGUACUGAAGGGACCAGCGGAAAGGAACAAACUCUACAUCCGUAUCUUGCUCUGUAAUAGUCUUUAUACCAUACCUCUACUGCAAGAGGAAAUCUGUAUGUAUUCUGUAGUAAAGUUUGGCUGCUAGUUAGCUAUCCAAUCAUAUAGUAUCUCAAAUUGCAACUUGGGACCUAUUCCUUCAGAGAGUCCCUUCCUUUUGUCUCCUGCUAGAAUUGCAUUUUUAACAUUUGGAAAAGAUGGAAGAUACUUUUUAAAAAGUCUGGGGCGAGGAGUGUUGGCAUCUCCCACUGUCAUUUUUUUCUGCUCCUUGCUUUGCCCUUAGGCUUUAAUGUAGGCAACAGUGUUUUCCUAUGGAAAAUGGUAUUUUUAGCAUGGAAUCAUAUGCUAACAACCAUCCCUUGCCACAGCUCUUAAGUGUUGAGUUAAUAAAAACUUUCCACUAACUUAAAACUAUUCCUGUAGCUCCCUCUCUUCCACCCACUCCUGUUCACAAACCCACAUUCAGAUGUUGGGCCUGAUUCUGCCCUCAGUUUUAUCCGGGUACUCCCUGUUAGGGAAUUUGCAUAACUUUGGACAGAACUUUGUCCUUAGCGGAUGUCAUCUAUUCCUAAAUCCCUUCCUGAAGAUUAUAAUUACAAGACUAUAUUUUCACCUGUAAAAAUGUGUUCAGUACCUUUUUAAAUCAGUUCACAUGUUGGAUAUUAAAAAAGCAAUGAUGGUGUUUCUUUCAAAAAUAUCUUUCCCCAGAGCACUGAAACAAUCCUCCUGUAUUCUCCUACUGGCCAUUCUCUGGGGUCAGCUAUAGAGAGACACAUUUAGCUCCUGGUAUAACCUAGCACUAUCCUAUUGAAUUCAAACAUGUAACUUGUUUGUGCAAGGACUGGAUGUGGCCCAUAGUCUUUAAACCAACAAUAUCCUGUAGCUGCAGUGCUGAUGCAAAGCAGCUGGGGGCUAGCUAGAGAUAGGCAAAGAACCAAUUCCAUGUUAUGAAAUUGCCAUUCUUUCCCGUGGAGCUACUCUGAAAUCACUUACUUGGUAUUGUUUGUAGUUAACUUGCAUUCCCAACUCUUGAAAUGCCAUGAACCAUGAAACUGCUUGCCUAAUUAAGAAGCCAAGGUACUUUCUUGAUAGGCCUAAACUGAACUGUUUCACAUAGUCCAGUGGUGACUGACUUGACACCAGAUGCAUCAUUUUCAAAUACAGUAAUUGCAGCGCCAACCUCUUUGAACCUGGGAUUGUAGCUCCUCCUGUUGUCAAAGCCUUGAGUUAAGGGCGGAGACUGUUGUCCCUCGAGGGUGAUGUUAGAGGGCUUUUCCCUCAACCCUCUCACUUCCCUGGUUCUUGUCACACAGACAGCAAGUAGCAAAAGACCAGUAGUCUGAAGCGCAAACAAUGCAAUGUUUAUUGGGGUUAGUUUCCAAGCAAGCAUAUUCUGAAGCCCUUCACACCAGUCGGGCUUGUCUCUGUAUGCCGAUAGUCUGCUCCCCAGUGUUCUGUUCCCAGCUCUGAUGCCGCAGAACAUUUACCCCAUGUCCCCCUUCUCAGCUCCGACACCACAGAGCCUUGCCUGACCCUCUUAUUUUUUUACCUGACCCUCUUAUUUUCAGGCUUGACUUGUUUUCCUACCUCCCUUUCCUGGAGGGCCACAAUUUGAGUCUUCUUGCUUACAACUAGCUUGUUUGUUGACCGGGUAUAUUUAUUAUUUGCAGCUCCUUUGUACUGCCAUUUAUGGGCAGUGCUCUCCUUCCCCUAUCAGCUAGGUAAUUUGCAUCCACACAGAGGCUUUCUGGCUUGCUUUUGGAUCCAAAGCUAUUAGCAGCUCAGAGACUCUGCCUUAAAAGGGACACAAUGAACUUCCACCAGAGUUCUGAUUACUUUUCACUUUUAACUCCUGCUUCUAAAACACGCAGCCAUCUGAAAAAGAAAACACAACCUAUUGUGGCUCCUUUUGGAGACCUAAUACAAUUUUAACUAAGUAGCAUGUUUUAUUUGCAUUUCUUCUACAAUAUACACUGCAGAUGUUCUGGGAAAAUGCACACCCCUUCCACAGUUCCACUCUACAACAUUAUAUUAGCCACGUCAACUUUCACACAAGGUGUAACUGUCUCCCCCAUGCCCACAGAUUUCUCCUGCAUCCCCACCAAAGUGACAGUCCGAUCACCCAGAGCCACCCCAAGGCUCAGUGUUCCCUUCAUUCCUCCCCUUUUUUCCUGUGCGGGCACACAAAAAAAGAUCCAAAAUGUCUCCCUCAGCCCAUGGCCCCAGCCGCCUCCCACCACAGCCACGACUUUGG